AUGUCAAAGCUGAAAGCUUUUUGUCAACAACAACAAGGCGGCGAGCUGGGUAAUAAGAAACCAGCUGAACAUGAAUUGGAACAUGGGGAUGUGAUGAAGAAAACCGGUCAUGAGACUUCUCAUUUAUCUGCUCAGCGUACAAUUGGAAAAGAUGGUAAACUUGGACCACGUGUUUCUAUUCAAUCAGAGGAGGAGGAACGCACAAAGAAUGUAGUAAAAGUAGGUGUAAAUGUUGAUGAUUUAAAGGCAGAUAGUAAACUGUUUGGUCAAAAAUCUAAAAAUGAUGAUGAUCUUACUACAUGGCAAAAGAAGAUGAAUGAAAGUGCUUUAUUAUUAUGUAUGGAAAACCCAUCACUGACAUUAAAAAGAGGCGAGCUGCUUGAGAAGGCCAGAGAGAAAGUCGACAAUGACGGUUUUGUUUACAAGAAAGGAAAGUCACGAUCAAAGAAGUAUGGAGCUGCAUCAAUGGAAGAGAACAAGGCAAAAAGACCAAAGCUGGAAGCCAAUGAGAGAAGAACAUUGAUCGAAGAGACAAAAAUUUCAAUCAAUGAGCAAAAUGAGAAGCUAGCAAUGCUAGAACGAGAGAAGUGUAAGUUAGUUAACAUGAAGCAGUUUGGAUCAGCAUCAGUAAUCCUCGAUAGAAUCAGCUCUGCAAGAAAAGAGAAAGGUCAAUUGUCUAAAAAGCUUGGCGCUUUAGAGCAGAAAGAAGCUAAGUCAAUAAAAAGGAAGCUUGCAUUGACGGAAAGAGAAAAGGACACUGGGCAGAAAGGAAAUAAGAAGAUGCCCGGUUGUGAGAAUAAAGGAAAUUUGAUGGACAAAUAUCUGAAACCUCAAACAGCAGUUGAUAAUAAUGUUCAGGAGGAAAUACAAGUGGUGGAGGAAAACAACCAGAGUGUGCGGGAGAAGGAUCCAGUUAGUGAAGUGGGAAAAGAUAAUGAAACAAAUGAAUCAGACGAGAAAGACCUUUUUUUAGAAGACGCGGCACUGGCUUUUGAAACUGAAAAUGUACAUACGGACACAUAUUUGAAGUAUUUAAGAUAUGCACGUUCACCUUUAGGAAAAAAGGAAUUGUAUAAGAUAUCAAGUGGCGUUUAUAUUUCACAGUUAAAAGACUUAACCCUUGAUGAUUACAUAGCAUGCAGGCAGCAGUAUUGUACUAACUUUCAUAAUCUGAAAGGUGUUAUUUCAGCAUGCAGUCAGUGCCGCGGUCUUGUAAAUACAGCUAAAGAAAUUCAGCAAAAGGGAAUGAUCAAAGUCAGUGACACAUUUAAGAAACAUUUUGGUGAAGUAACAUAUUCAAGUGAGAAGGCAGUUCGCAGGUUCAUGGGCCUUCCAGUCGCUGUUUUUGAGUUGGGUAACGCAAGUAAUGGAACACAGGCGUUGUUUAUGAUAGAACAAUACCCAGGUAUUGACUAUAUCAAAUAUGUUGACUUAAUCAAGUCCGCUAGUAGUAGCACCGCAGGCACUACUUCUUUCCCCAUUAUUACAAAAGAGAAACUUGUAGCCCUGUGUGAAUUGGCAUCUUCUGAAAGGGAUCGAAAGCUUAUUAAGUAUGCGAUGUGUGCAGAUCUCUCUAAUAAGAAAGCGAAGAAGUAUGGAAUAUCUGAUUGGAACAGCCAAAAAAAUGAAAUAGAAAGUGCCAUAAUCAGGGUUGAAGAAAUUAGAAAGCAAAUCAAUGAAUUAGCUUCCAUAGAAGAAGCAACUGUUCUUAGAAACUAUGGCAUCGAAAUUGAAAGUGAUGAUGAGAGUCUUGUAUCAACCGAAUCUGGGGAAACAUGUACUUGGCUUAGCGAGAAAGAAUUUGAAUCAGAAGAUGAUUCAGAAAGUGAUCAAGAUGGAAAAAUGGCAGAUGAUUGUAUAUCAGACUCGCCCAUUAAUCCUAAUAGAGAGCGAAAUGAAAAUGUACCUCCUGAUCCACCGGAAUGUAGCGUUCCAUCAUUUGAGCAUUUAAUGUGCAUUUUGCGCCAGAGUAAACUAAACUGGUUUUUAUUUGUUGAAAAUGUUGCAACAGCUACACGGACGCUUUCUGCUGAUGUAAGAAGCCAGCUUUUGAGUAAUUUUGCUUACUUCCUAUCUUCGAGUGACUUGACUGAAGAUGAAGAGAAACAGGUAGAAGAAUCUAGACAAUCAUUUCUUCUCUACCAGAGGGAUAGAAUUGAAAACGAUCGAACGGUAAAUAUGUUACAGGGAACUGUAUGCUCUGAUUCAGAAUCAGACAAUCCUGACGAGUGGAUUGAUGUUCCAGAUAUUCGUGCUGAGGCUGGAAAAAAGUUGAUUCAGAAAACAAGGAGAAGUAUUCGUCAGAAGGCAAAACGACGGAUAGCAACGCGUAUAGCCGAAGAAUGUCUCCUGAAGCGGAGAAUUCCUAAAUGCGUAGGACGUGUUCUUCGAGAUUUUCCGGACAUUGGAAAAGAAAUUGAACAAUUUGUUCAAUCAAGGAGAGUAGGGGCGGACGCCUGGAGACGAACUGGUAUCUUAACUUUCGAUGGUAACGUUAAACAGGGUCAGAAAGUUACAUUCAAACGAAUAAAGGAACAUCUGGAAAAAAAAUACAAAACUACGUUUAGCUAUGGCACAAUAGUGCAGCUGUGUGUAGUAAGAAACAAAAGGAGGUUAUCUGCAAAGAGGUAUAAAGGUGUUGCCCGCAUUACAUGCAGGAGAGCAAGGAAAGGAUUCUCCCUGCGAUUUAAUCCAGAUGCGCACUGGAGCUGCUCACUUUACAAGGGUCUGAGUAAGGUCCAGUUGCAUGAUGGAACUGACAAGUGCGUCUUUAACCGCGAUGAUGCAGCUGGUUUUCGGUUAGACACUACCUAUACACACAAACAAAACAAACUGGUUUCGUCUUCAAAUUCCACAGAAGUGACAACUCGUACAGAUUUUGUGAACAAAUAUUCUUCCGUUUUGCAGGUGACAUCAUACUUGAUCAUGGAAACUGAAAAUACUUCUGAUUUAUGUGCAGCUGUCGUUAAAGGCCAAGCGAGCUUCAACAAGAAUCCAGCCCAACACCUCUCUGAUCUGACAAUGCUCCAAAACGUUGAAUCAUUUAAGGAUGCUUUCAAUAAAGAUGUAGAAUGUGUACGAGUGGACGGUGCCGCUGAUGAAGGGCCUGGACAUGAAGAAGUCCAAUUUUACUUGACUGAGAGACAUUUGAGCAAAGUAUGUACUAUUGUGUCUGCAAGACAUAGCGGAGGAAGUUACUUGAAUAAAGUUGAACUGCUAAAUGGAUGCAUCUCUGUGGCUCAUUCUAAUGUGUUUAUACCUUCAACGCUCAAUGGGCCAUGCCGCGCUGCUGAUGGCUCAAUCGAUGAAGAGAAAGUUAAAAGUAACCAAGAAACAGCAUCGGACGUGUAUAUCGAUCGUGUUUCUGGCGCAACGUUUAAUGAGAGGAAAAUAUAUUUCACAAAAGGUGCAAGUGAUGCUCAAGCAGAUUACAAUCAGAGUAGAAGAGAUCAUCUUCUCACAUUCUUGAAGGGAAACAAAGAGCAAAAGGCUAUCCUAAAGAAAGAACAGCCAACUCUGUUUAAGUAUUUCGAGGAAGUUUGGAUGGUACGAAAUAGCCAUAUGCUAAAAGGGUUACCUAGUCAAUAUAUCUUUGCACUCCUGCUAUGCUACAAAAAAGACUGCAUUCAUAAAUUAUGUCAAAAAGGUAAACCAGACGAGGAUAGGCGUUGGUACAAGGAUGGUCCAUUGCUGUCACAUAUUCCCCUCCCAAUUCCUGACCCCAAACGGCCUUGGGGUAGUAACACUUGCACUGAAUGUCAGUCUUUUUGUGCUGGGCAUUUUCUUUCUCCAGAGGAACAUUUUAAACACGUCUCAGAAUAUGGCACUAAAGAUUGUCAUUUUUCCCCACCAAGCCAGGUAAUAAAAACUGAGUUUAACAAAAAGGCGAGGCAAGCCCAACCACUGGAUGAAGCUACCAAAAUAUGCUUGGCGAAGAAAACUUUACUCAACAAAGAAGAAGUCGAAAUGUCGGUUGAUCACUUGUCGUGCUUGGCAGAACAUAGGCGAGCUGGUGCAAAAAAAGCUGCCAAAACCCGGGCUAAAAAUAAAGGUACACAUGUUGUUGUCAUUUAGAUAUUUGCAGUAUGAUGUUGUCAUCUAGAUAUUUGCUACAUAUAUAUACUGCUAUAGUUUAUAUACAAAACGCAUCUCUCCUUGACAAUGUGUUCGUUUGUUUGUUUAGCCCAGAAAAGACCGCUCUACUGCUUCUGUCAGAAGCCAGAUGAUGGGGACAAAGCAAUGGUCGCAUGCGACAAUCCUACAUGCAAGUUCCAAUGGUUCCAUUUUGAAUGUAUUGGCCUUGAUGAAGAAGAAGAAUUAAUUUGGGAAUGGUUUUGCCACUU